UCCGGCUUUUGUCUGCAUCACUUCACGGAGACGCUGCUCUGCCAAAGCCGUGUAUGAAAUAGUGUGAGUCGGUACUGUAAAUGCGUCAGUAUUUGAAUUUUGACCUAUGUGAGUAUGCAACCUUGGAGGGUGAUGCAGAUGUGUCAAAUUUCAUGUGUGGUCUGGUUGAAUGCACUGUAACAGAUGUAUUACCCUCUUAUUCUAUUAUGGAAAAUAACCUUCCAUUAACUCCAUGAUUACUGUGAAAGAAUGCAAACUGGCAGUCUUUUUUUAAGGAAUAGGGAUAAUACCUUAAAAUCAAUUUUAAUAUCCACCACACUGAGUCUGGAUAUCCUGAUGCAGGCUACAGUAGAUGCAGGUUUUCCAACCUUAUCAGUUUUUAUCAGAUUUGUAUGUUUCAGCUUUAUGUGCUCUUGUUUCAGGCUCUCUUGCCCCAAAAACACACAGGUUACUUAUUUGGCCAGAAAGACAGACAGGCAGUGAUUGCAGCUGUAUAAAUGAUGCCAUAUAAAUUCUGCUACACACUCCACGAGCACACAGUCCCAGCUGCCUCCCUCCAACACAGUGGCCGUCUGUGUAAAGCAGCAGCAGCUUUUCACCGGGCAGAUCUGGUUUUCCGUUUCUGCCUCCCUGGUCAACAAUGAUGCUUUGAUCCCCAGUGGCUGGAAUACCACCAAGACCUUGAUCCGUGAGGACUACUAAUGACUGAAUGGCCAGCUCCACACCUUAAAGAACUUAGCAAACAAGGGCGUUUUGAUUAAUGAAUAGCUCUAACACUGGAAAUUCAAGUUUGUAUGUGGACUCUCAGCUUAAUUGCUUUUCAGUGGCAGGGACUGCAGUCAGUCUGGACUUUUGGAGGAACAUGGAGGCUGUAGCUCCCCUCCGUCCCCAGCAGAAGGGCUAGAAGCCGCCUGAUUCCUCCCUCCUUCCCUCCCUGCCUCGCCCGGCCAUGGCCGGCAGAAGUCCCACGCUCAGCCGGGAAGCUGGGGAUUCGGCGCUGGGGACCCCUGAGGCCAGCGAUAACCCCCAACCAGGUCCCGAGAUCUUCUGCAAGCUAUGCCUCAGCGAGCAGCCAUCUGCAGCUACCAGGGAACUGCAGAGAUGCAACUGUGUCUUCUGCACAGCAUGUCUGCAGCAGUAUGUUCAGCUGGCCAUCAUCGAGGGUGGGGGGGCACCCAUCACCUGCCCAGAUAUGGCCUGCCAGAAGACUGGAGUGCUACUGGACUCUGAGAUAGCUGGCUUGGCCCCAGCAGAUCAGGUGGAGCUGUAUCAGCGCCUGACGUUUGAGAGAGGAGUGAAGUUGGACCCCAGUAAAGCCUGGUGCCCGGUGGUUGAAUGCCAGGCGGUGUGCAGUGUGCAGCCGAGCACUGAGGGCCAGCCCUCCGCUGUGUCCUGCCAGACCUGUCACACCAUCUUCUGCUCCGGGUGCAGAGGGCCCUGGCAGGACGGCCAUACCUGCCCCGAGCGCCAGCCAAUGAUGUCACCCUCGCCCUCUCAUGAAAGCAGGGUCCGCUCCGACAGCAACUCUGACAUGCCCAUCAAGCAGUGCCCUAUGUGUGGUAUCUACAUCGAGAGGAACCAAGGCUGUGCGCAGAUGCUGUGUAAGAGCUGCAAACACACCUUCUGCUGGUACUGUCUGCAGAAUCUGGAUGGUGAUAUCUUCCUGAGGCAUUACGAUAAGGGACCAUGCAGAAACAAGCUUGGCCACUCCAGGGCCUCAGUUAUGUGGAACAGAACGCAGGUGGUGGGAAUCCUGGUGGGGGUCAGCAUCAUCGUGCUGGUGACCUCCCCGCUCCUCCUGCUGGCCUCGCCCUGCAUUCUGUGUUGCGUCUGCAAGCCCUGCAGAGGGAAGAAGAAGAAAAAGAGGAAGAAGGAUCUCAGCCAGCCAGACUCCUCUACAUCAUAGCGGUCUCCCUCUCAUCAGCCCAGCCCAGGAUCACUUCACCGGCUUUGCGUAGCUGGAGGGUCCAAGUAAACCAACAAAGUGCAAGUGCUACAUGGUGGAAAAGAAUACACUUACGCAACAAUGGAGUACUUUUUCGUGACUCGACAGACCAGAGGUCUUACAGUGGUUCAGUAAUGUCGUCGGUAUCAGCAUUUACAGACUCAGUGAGAGAGCUGCUUGAAAAUCCCUCUUGAAUUACAAGAGUAUGUACUAUAUAUGGUGGAAGUGUAAAUAUGUGGUGAAUGAAUGUAAGUCACGUAUCUAGGUGUUUUCAUAUGCACAACAGGUAGCAAGGAGAAGGCAGCGCCUGUGGGGAUUUUCCUGGACGGGGCCUUUGUUAUCACCCACCUCUCUCUCUCACACACACACACACACACACACACACACACACACACACACUCACACACACACACACACACACACACACACACACACACACACAUACACACAUGCAGUUCAACGCCACCCUCAUGUGCCAAACGUCAUGAUGCCAAACCAGAGGUGUCAGGUGCUCAAGUGCCUCACUCUACAGUGCCUGGUGCUUGGUUGUAUUAGUUUUGUCUUCCAUUCUAUCUUUAUCUUAUGCAAAGAUUUUAGCAUUAUGAAAAUGGGCAACUGUCAGGAUUACACAGGCUUGUAAAUCCUCAAACAAUGCAAAACAUUCUUUCAUAACGGGGAGAGGGCAAACGGCUUCAUGUGUGCACUGUGCAGUAUAUUCUGUACUGAUAUGAAACAUUAUAGGGCUUCAAUGGUGCACACAGAACUUUUCUUCUGCAAAUGUUUUUUGUUUCCACCUGGAACAUGUUCCAGACCAAAGGCUCUAAAGGAUAAUGUGUACUUUUCUAAAGUGUGUUACUAUGUUUUUAUGGGUUAUGUGUGUAUGGUAUCCUGUUAUCAUUUCUACUUUUCUGUUGAUGUUUCUGCAUCAGAUAUUUUAUAAAAGCGCCAUUGUACCUGAAAGAAACAUACUGUAUUGAACAUGCAUCAGGUGGUUUGUGUUUGCUGACAUUUAUCAUUUCACAGCUCAUUAACUUCACUUUUGUGUUUGCAACAAGGACAUGAGAAGAGAUAAAUAUUCCCCUGAAUAUUUAGAGAAUGACUCACAGAAAUGAAACAUCUGCUACUGAUACAGAAAGCAAAUAUAACAGUUUUAAAUACAUACAAGAAAAAUCCA